AUGGCGGAGCAGAGCGGCGGCGGCGACAGCGGCUGCUGGCGUGUGGCGGCGGCGACGGGGCGGGGAAGAGCCGGAGGCUCAGCGUACUAUGACAACGUCCGUCCCCUGGCCUACCCCGACUCGGAUGCUGUGCUCAUCUGCUUCGACAUUAGCCGCCCAGAGACCCUGGACAGUGUGCUGAAGAAGUGGCAAGGGGAGACGCAGGAGUUCUGCCCCAACGCGAAGAUUGUGCUGGUUGGCUGCAAGCUGGACAUGAGGACAGACCUCAACACGCUCCGGGAGCUUUCCAAGCAGCGCCUCAUCCCUGUGACACACGAGCAGGGCAGUGCGCUGGCACGGCAGAUUGGGGCAGUGGCCUACGCAGAGUGCUCCUCCAAGGUCUCGGAGAACAGCGUGCGGGACGUGUUCCACGUGACCACUCUGGCCUCGGUCAACAGGGUGCACAAGAACUUGAAGCGCAGCAACUCCAAACGGGGACUGAAGCGGGUGUCACAGAUGCCUGGCAGGACAGACUUACUGAGUGACACGGAGAUCAGGAAAGACCGAGCCAAGAGCUGCUCCAUCAUGUGAAAAACAGGCUGUAAAUCGUGUGUGUGUGUUGUCCGUUUUGUACAGGAACUGGCUGAGGCGAGGUGCUGGCUGCGGGAGCCAGCCUGCCUUUCCAAAGCCUUUUUCUCAGUCUCUAGGGCUGAGGAAAGGUCCCAGCUGCAAAUGGGGGUGCACAAGUUGCCCUGCACUGUGGAGACUUCUGGGUUGGCUGCUGCUGUGCAGGUUGCUUGGGAUGAAGGAAGCACUUGGCAGAGGAGUAUUGAGGUGCUGGAAGGUCUGUGACUGGGAGAAACAAAGGGAAAGGGAGCGAUGCUGUCUGUGUGCCACCUUCCUGUACCCACAGCCUGUAGCCACAACCCUGUGCCUUUGUGCAGCUGUACAGCACACACGGUGUGGGGUGAGGGCUGUGUGGGACCUGGGUUGGAGGGAGGAGGGG